AUGGAGGUUAUGACAGCUACAAUUGUACCAAAUGGCAGUAAUGCCCCUUUAAUUCAACUUUUAGACCAAGUAUCGAACUUGAUUGAAUCAUUUAUUGAAUUGGGAAUACUAGUACAUGAUAAUCAAGGCACCCAGCAAUCCAACUUUGCACUUACCAACAAGAUGCAAACUUUAGCAAAACAAUUGAAGCAAAUCUCCAACACUGAUGAGCAGUUAUUGAAGGAUUACCUCAUACCGGUAGAUGUGAUUACUUAUAUCGAAGAUGGAAGAAAUCCUGAUAUUUAUACGAGGGAAUUUGUAGAGGUGAGUGCAAAAUUGAAUGCCAGACUAAAGGGGAAAAUGAGAGGGUUUGGACAGUUGCGAAACGUAUUGAGUGAGAAGUUGAUUAAGGAGUUUCCUACUUUGGAAAGCGCAGUUGAAGAUGUUGGGAAAAGAUGCGAAUUAAAGUAG